CCUCUCUCAUCUUCAGAUUCUCUAAAGCCACCCCCAGUUGCACAGAGAUCCUGUACCACCAUCAGGACCCUCCUUCCUCCUUCAUAUCUCUCUCUCUCUCUCUUUCUCUCUCUCUCUCUCUCCAAGUAAAGAUUCCUCCUUUACAUAUUUAGGUUUCGCUGCUCUGUGGGUCUUGCUAUUUGGGUUUGUGUAAGAAGAAGCAGGAAAUGGUUAAAAGGUAUGGAGUGUUUUGAUCUCCACAAAAUAUCAUGUUGCAGUGCAUAGAGGGGUUAAAGCAUUUAUGUGCUUCCCUACUGAGGUGCUGUGAUCUUGACUUGUAUAAACAAUCGAGAGGAUUAGAAGACCCUGAAAUUCUAGCUAGGGAGACAGUGUUUAGCGUUAGUGAAAUAGAGGCACUUUAUGAGUUAUUUAAGAAGAUUAGCAGUGCAGUGAUUGAUGACGGGUUGAUCAACAAGGAGGAGUUUCAACUGGCAUUAUUCAAGACAAACAAGAAAGAGAGCUUAUUCGCUGAUCGUGUAUUUGACUUGUUUGACACAAAACACAAUGGAAUACUAGGUUUUGAAGAGUUUGCUCGUGCUCUCUCUGUCUUUCAUCCUAAUGCCCCCAUCGACGAUAAGAUUGAGUUUUCGUUUCAAUUAUACGACCUCAAGCAACAGGGCUUCAUUGAAAGGCAGGAGGUGAAGCAAAUGGUAGUGGCCACCUUAGCAGAAUCUGGCAUGAAUCUUUCAGACGAGGUGAUAGAAAGUAUAAUCGAUAAGACAUUUGAGGAAGCUGAUACAAAACAUGAUGGGAGGAUCGAUAAGGAAGAGUGGAGAAGCCUUGUUUUGCGGCACCCAUCCCUUCUUAAAAACAUGACUCUUCAGUACCUCAAAGACAUCACCACAACAUUCCCGAGCUUUGUAUUUCACUCACAAGUCGACGACACCUAGAAGCUCAAAUUUUCAUUUUAAGCGGAGACAUUAAUUUUUUAAUUAAAUUAUUCCGAUUUGCAUGUUUCCAAAGAAUAUGGUCCACUUUAAUGUAAAGGGCCAGGUAGUUUUCAUAUACCAUAUUUGUUUUUUCUUUUGAAUAUUUUUGGAUGUGUGUAAUUUAUUCUCAACGAGUGACCAUGCUCUAAUGAUAUGUUGGUUUUAAUUUUGAGUUUUCUAUCAUACUGAAUCUUGUGAAAGGUGGUUGGGUUAAAAAUAGAUGAUGUUGAUGUUGAAUCUA